AUGACUGAGUCGGACAACCCUAAUGGCAAUAGGCUGUCCACCAUAGGACAGAUCCCUAUAACAGUCCACCACCAGUCGCCUCCACCGCCACCCCCACCGCCCUUAUCAGUGGGCAACAAUCAUCACAUGCAUCAGACGCUGACAAUGUCGGGCUCGGGUCCAGGUAUGGGUCUGGAGUCGCCCGACGGCAUUGAGCACCGGGAGUGCUACAACUGUCACACCACAUGCACUCCGCUAUGGCGUCGGUUCGGCGCCGACCAGUUCCUGUGCAACGCGUGCGGACUCUACCAACGAGUGAACGGCGCCCACCGGCCACUGGUCCGCAACGUGCGCCGCCUGUCGAGCACCAGUCGCCGGGUGGGCCUGACGUGUGCCAACUGUGGCACCAAAACCACGUCUAUGUGGCGCCGGAACGCCGUCGGGGACUCCGUUUGCAACGCGUGUGGGCUAUACUAUCGGCUCAAUGGCGUCAAUAGGCCGGCGGCGAUGCGCAAGGAGUCCAUCCGUACCCGUAGGCGACGCACUAUUAAGUUGCUGCCCACCCCUCCGUUCGGACACUACGGACAGGCGCCGCCUACUAAUGGAGUGGUUAUGGGACAGAUGGGUGAUCCCGAUGAUGGAGGUAGACCCGGCUAUUAUCACAGCCAUCACCACAAUCACCACCAUCUCAGUGGUCACCACCACUCGGAACACGCCUACCAUCCCUCUCACAGUCACUCCAACUACGCCUCUGGUGGAGGCGCCAGUGGUGGCCGAUACGCCCCCAUCAACGCCUACAACGGCCAAUACUACAACCCUCCGUCGGGUGUCUCACCAAUGGACGGACCCCCGCCUCCACCACUCAUACCCUUCACGGCCGCCCAGCGCUAUGUCGUCAACGCGUGCGGUGACGGAGCCAUCGGCGGAGGGGUCGACGCUCAAGAGGGCGGCCCAAUGGGCGCCCAUCAGGACGAGUGCCAAAAGUAUGCGCCCACCCAUCACCCCAUCGCCCACCAUAUUAUGAUGAACUCGGGUGCCGGCGGUGCCCUCAACGGCAGCGACGCCUCCCAAAGUCCGCCCAAAUCGGGCGCCGGAGGUUCGCCCUCAUCGUCGCCCGACAUCAUGAACGGCGGUCAGUCGUCGCCCACCGGAGGUGUCAUUAAUCGCCACCACUGGUGGUAG